AUGAGCGAAAUUAAAGAAUAGAAAAGUGAUUAAAAGCCUUAGAAAGUCGAAAAACCAAGACUUAUGAUCACUAAGCCAAAAGAGGAUAUCGAGUUAUUUACUCCAACAUUGAGAAAGAAAACUUCUCCAGGCAAAUUAUUAGUCCAAGAUUAAGCGAUGGAUGAAAAUGAAAGACAAGCUUUUCUUGAGUAAUAAAUGGAGGCUUAUAGAUAGGAAAGGAAGCUUAAGAAAAGCAGUAAAAACUAGCAUUAGCAGCAAGAGCAAUCAAUGUCAGAUAUACAUAUUGAAGAGCCAAUUAAAAUAGAAGUACCUGCAUUGCAAAUAGAGAGAGAGCAAAAGAAUAUCAGGUAUGACCAGCUUCCAUCUAUCAGUAGUGUUGAUAGCAAAAUAAAACAGUAAGAGGAGAUGGCUAAGGCUGAAUCGAUUAAAACAGUACAAUAAAAGAAUAAAUCAAAAAGUUAGCAACAGAAAAAGGAACCACCCAAAAAGAGGAACUUUAAAGUUUCAGAUACAACUGAGAUUUCAGAUCAAAUGCUAGGUAUCUACACUGGUUUUAUUAAGAAAAAACUGGGACUAGAGAAGAAGGUAUCAAAUAAUGAGAUGUAUAUAUUCAAGUAUCAUACUUAGUUGCAAACUAAGAAGCAAAGAGCUUAAAGUCUAAAUGAUAAGCUGAAAGAUACUCCAAUGAAAAAUAAUAAGCUCUAGGCUUUGAAUUAGCAAGAUUAUGGUGACUAUACUAGAAACAUUAUGGAUAAAAGAUCUUUUGAUUCUAACAAGAAAGUUAAAUUCAUUGAUCCUAGCCAAGAAAUAAAAAAUCUGCUGGAAAAAAAUGCAAUCGUACCCUAGCAUCAAGCCUCGAAGAGUGCUAUGGAUUCAAUAUAUCAGAAAAAUGAUAGUUUUAUGUAAAAUCUUAACCAGCAGGUCAUAAUGAAUUCUACCAUGUCAACUGGAGUAGAAAAUUUAAGUAGAAAUUAAAGAAAUACAAGAUCAAUCUUAAAGAAUUAUAAAACUGUUGAACAAGCAAAUAUGUAAAUUCCUAUGAAUGCUAAACUGUAACCACUUUCUACUAUGUUUAAUUUCAAUCCAAAUGCUUCAGCUUUUAGCAGUUUAUCUUAAGCUGUAGAUUCAAGUAGAUAGAAUAGAUAGACUUAAUUUGGUAGUCUCAAAGAUAAUCUUAGAGGUAAAAGUAAUAAAUCUGAAUUUCAUAAUAAAUCAUUCUUUGAUAGAAUGCCUAAAAGUUCUCUUAAUCACCACAAUGACUUUCUUGAGAUAUCUAUAAAAGAAUAAUAAUAGGAUUUUAGUGACAACCAACCUUUGAGAACUUUUGAUAGACAGCAGAUAGAACUUAGGCAAAAACUAAGAAAAAUAAUUGAUAGUUCAGAGGGAAGGUCCACAGUUAUGGAUGCAGUAUCCUCUCACACCACAGAUUUGCUAGAAAGCAAUAUUAAUAGGCAAUCUCCAGAUUUUUUCCAAGGAAUAUUCUAGUCAGAUGAAUCAAAUACAGUUAGAGUCGCGAAUAGCAAUUAAUUUAGGAGAUUAACAAAGCUAUUUAACUAGUUUUAUGACAUAGAGAGGAUCUAUGAUAUUGAAGAUCUCUCUGAGAUUGAGAAAUAAAAACUGGAGAAAAAAAUGAAGCAAAAGUAAGAAGGUAUCAAACUUAUGCUAAUGUCAGACAUAAAUAAUGACUUUGGAAAUAAAAAGGGAAUGAUUAAUCAAACUAAGAUGUUCAAACUCAACGAUAUGUAAUUCUAUGUAGAACAUAUUAACAAAAUGCUUUUCAAGACUAAAGACCCUUGGCUUUACAAAAAAUAUCAGGCUUAUCAAAAGCUGCUUGAGAAUAAAAGACUUUAAAGCUUUGAAAAUGAGCAUGAAGACCCAGAGGAAACUCGUAAAAGAAUAUAAAACGAGAGGACAAAUGUAUUUCAAAGAAUGAAAGCUGAUUAUGAGAAUAAAUCGAAGUAACCGACAUAAUAGCCUAAUACUACAAACUUAUCAAAAUCAACUCUUCAUCAUUCCUCUGUGGGGACCUUUGGAGAAAAAAAGAAUAGUGCUAGACAGGCUAAUAAUUUAGGAGUCUAAUCUCAACUUAACAAAUAUGAUUCUUAAACUUAGAUAUCUGAAGCUGCAGUUACACCUCAAUUGAUUAAAUAAGUCAGUUUUGGAAAAAGUAAAAUUCCUAAAGUGGACUAAGGUUUAUAAGAUGAUGAUGAAACCCUUUAAGCAAAGUUACCAAGGGUUGCUAAUAAAUCUAGUCCAAGAAAUAAAAAGUCUUCAAAUAAACUAGUAGAAGAAAAUGGCGAGUCAGAUACAAUGCUAUCUGACCAUAGCUAGAGAAAAGAAAGAAGCAGAAACGAUCUCUCAUACUAGGAUGCUGAUAAUUAUAAAACUUAAGAUAAGACUUCACAAUCAAGAUUUUUGCUGAAGAUGAGCAAAAUAAGGGAAGGUGAUGUGAUUGAUGAAAAAAUAAAUGUACUAAGAUAGCAAGUAUUUUAGAUUAAAAAUUAAAGUGAGAAUGUAGAUACUCAAAGAUCUUAUAACUAGUUGAGUACAAGGCUAAAGUAGUCAAAUCAUCAUUUAUGA